CAGACAGACAGGUCAUCAAUAAACAUCUUACUCAUGACAUUUUGAUCACGAGUAUAUGUUACCGGGUCAGUGCUAGCAACAUGAUCAAAUACAAGUUAGAAGAACUUGCACAAUGGCGCUAACGUUAUGUGGACUGUUUCUUUAUUCUGCCUUCAACAUACUACGGCCAACCCUGGGGGCGUGGAGUCAUACAGACGUCCAUACAAUACGUGGAACCAUUCUUUCCACCGCCUCGUAUCAUAGACUGGUCCGUCCGGCAGAGAAGAUCACCGUCAAUGUCUCGCUAAGUCUCCUGACAGUCAACGACUUGGACGUAAAAACUCAGACUUUGUCCACCACUGGUUGGUUAACAGUGGGAUGGCAAGAUGCUCGAUUAACUUGGAACGCCGCUACAUACCCGGAUGUAAGCCACGUGUACACGCUGGAUUCAGAAGUUUGGAAACCAGAGUUGUUCAUCGACAAUUCUUUAGAUGAUGUGUCAAUUCUGCAAGACUCAAACGUCAUGUUCAAGGUUUUACGUGACGGGGUGGUAGAGUGGAAGUUGCCGCGAAUUUUCACCACUUUCUGUAACGUUGAUGUGACGUAUUACCCCUUUGACACACAGAACUGUGUCAUAGAGAUUACCAGCUGGGCAUACACCGUUGAUGAAAUCUCGUUGCGGGCAACCAGAGAGUCUGUGAACAUUGAGGACAUCAAACCACACGGAGAGUGGACUAUCCUUUCGUCGUCCAUUGAAACAAGAGAAUUACAAGAGACAAAAGAAAACGGAGAUGUUGAGAAGUUUUCGCAACUACACUUUUACAUCAAAAUGAAACGGAAGUCAAAUUACUACAUAUCCAGCGUAUUGCUCCCUGUUAUUCUCACAUCCUAUUUGAAUAUCUUCGUCUUCUUACUUCCAGUCGAUUCUGGUGAAAAGGUGGGAUUUAUUCUAACGGUGCUAUUGGCCUUGGCAGUGUUACUGACUUUAGUGAGCGAUAGCAUACCCUCAACAUCCAUCAACACAAGCAUUCUGUCUGUGUACCUGGCUGUGACGUUGUGUCUUGGAGUUGUGUGUUGUUUACUUACCGUUCUCGUCAUCAGGAUUAACUUCAGGGACCCGGAUACUCCAGUCACAGAUGUAUGGAAGCGCAUCCAUGACAAUAUUCUAGUGCCGUGUUCGUGCUCGAACGGAUGUUUUUGUCGAUGUAAAAAGGGAAAGAAAUCCGUCAAUCCUAUAGACCCUAAGGAUGAGCUUGUGGUCAUGAAUUAUGAUGGCGAGAAAAAUGAACCGAACCCAGAAUUAGAGCCAGUAGACGAAUUGAAAUGGACACACGUGGCCACGCUCAUGGAUCACUUUUUUCUUGUUGUCAUGGUUAUCAUUACGACCAUUUCAUCCACCACAUUUAUGGUGGCGUUGUCUGUUGGAGGGGCAGUGAAUCAGUCGUAAUCAACACUUGGACGGGGGCAGCUACCUUAAACUGAAAAACCAUGGUGUGAUUAUUACAAUCGUGUCCUGUCAGAAAAAAAUAAACAUUCAUCUAUAUUCCCAUAUCAUUUAAAAUUAAAGUAAAGAAUAUGAAAUAAAACUUGUACUUAAUUGAACAAGGAUCAUAUGACCAUAGAACUAAGACGAACUCACAUUUACUUUCAUAUCACUUUCUAAUGACACGUGGUAAUAACGAACUAUGUAUUCCUUUUAAGUAAGACUUAAGUGACCUAAGUAAAUGAGACAGUUGUUUCACAGAAAGGAUGCUUAUAUAAAAAAAAAUAACCUCUUUCAUUUUAAGUGAGAACAGCAUUAAAUACUACUGUUGACGAUGUUAAAUGGUAAUUUAAUAUAUGUGUUGACAUCACAACAAUAAAAGCCAAAUCUUGU